UCACCACCAGAAACCGACACAACAUUCUGCUGCCUGCGUGGGAUAGCCAUCCGCCAUGGUGCGAUCACUUCUUUUUCGGAAGCGCCACGAGGCCGAGGAGAUAACGCCCAUUCCGGGGCCUCUCGAGUCGAAUGCGUCGGGCGUUGAUCACCUGCAGCACCUCCAACAGUUCGAGAAGGCUCACAAGCUGGAUCCGAACCUCCCCAUCGACGAGCUCAAUGAUGUUGAUGCUGCUAUCGCAACCGGCAAUGCCGAGAAGGGCAUCGAAAUUGAGCAUGCCCUCAUGGAGGACAAUAGUCCCUACCCAGAGGUCCGUGCCGUGGUGCGCAACUACGAUGUCGAUGUUCCCGCCAAUACGAUACGCGCUUGGGUCAUCGGCUUGAUUCUUUGCACCGUCGGAUCUGGUGUAAACAUGCUUUUCUCGUUACGCAAUCCGAGUGUCGCCAUCACCACGUAUGUUAUCCAGCUGAUCGCCUACCCCAUCGGUCGAGGCUGGGACCUCAUCAUGCCGGACCGCGAAUGGAAACUCUUUGGUCUCAAGUUCAAUCUCCGGCCCGGAAAGUUCAACUACAAAGAACAUGUCGUCAUUGUUGCAAUGUCAAACGCUGCGUAUGGCGGCGGCGUUCUGUACGCGACGGAUGUACUUAUCGCCCAAAAGGUCUUCUACGGUCAGGACUUUGGUAUUGCGUUCCAGCUUCUCUUCGGCAUUACCACACUCUGCACCGGCUAUGGCCUGGCCGGCCUGGCUCGGCGAUUCUUGGUUUGGCCUGCAGCCAUGAUCUGGCCCGCGGAUCUUGUCAACUGCGCCUUGUUCUACACUCUUCACGACCACUCAAUAUCCGACCCUUCCAAGACCAACGGCUGGUCCAUUGGCCGCUACAGAUUAUUUUUGAUCAUCGGCUGCGGCGCCUUCAUCUACUACUGGUUUCCCGGUUGGAUAUUCAGGGGCCUCUCCGUCUUCGCCUGGGUCUGCUGGAUUGCUCCCAACAACGUUGUCGUGAACAAGGUUUUCGGUGGGCAGCACGGCUACGGCCUUAUGCCUGUGACGUUCGACUGGAGCAUCGUGAGCGGUUUCGUCGGCUCGCCGCUCAUCCCUCCCUUCCAUGCUAUUGCCAACGUUCUUGGAGGCAUCACUGUCUUUUUCGUCUUCGUUUCCAUGGGCAUCCAUUUCAGCGGCACCUGGUACGCCGACUACCUGCCCGUACAGUCCUCUGAGUCCUACGACAACAGGGGCGACAUCUACAAUGUCAGCCGGAUUCUCGACGCCAAUUUCGAGUUCAAUGAGACGGCGUACAAAGAAUAUUCGCCCUUGUUCCUCUCGACGCAAUUCGCCAUGGCGUACGGUCUGUCAUUUGCCGCCAUGUCUGCUGUUAUCAUUCAUGUCGGACUUUAUCAUGGCAAGGAAAUCUGGAGGCAGUUCAAAAUGGCUCGCCAUCAAGAGGACGAUGUUCACAUGCGCCUCAUGAAGAAGUACCGCGACGCUGAGGACUGGUGGUAUGCUGCUCUGUUCGUCGUCAUGGUGGCCAUCUCCUUCGGGGUUGUUGCAGGCUGGCCCACUGGAUUCCCUGCUUGGGCAUAUGUCGUAUGCAUGAUGCUGCCCAUCAUCUGGCUCAUUCCGAUUGGCCUCAUCCAAGCCAUCACCAACAUUCAGCUCGGCCUCAACGUUUUGACCGAAUUCAUCAUUGGCUACAUGGUUCCCGGACGGCCCCUGGCCAUGAUGAUGUUCAAGAACUAUGGUUACAUUUCCAUGUCACAAGCCCUCUACUUCUCUCAGGACCUCAAGCUUGGCCAUUACAUGAAGGUACCCCCUCGGGUCAUGUUUGCUUCUCAGCUUAUUGCCUCAGUCUGGUCGGCCAUCGUGCAGAUUGGAGUCAUGAACUGGGCUGUCAGCAGAAUACCCGACGUGUGCAGCCUUGACCAACCGAACAGCUACUCGUGCCCGAACGGCCGUGUCUUCUACACUGCUUCGGUCGUCUGGGGUGCCAUCGGACCCGCCCGUAUCUUCAGUCAUGGCGCGACGUACGCAUCCUUACAGUGGUUCUGGCUUGUUGGUGCGAUAACACCUAUUGUCACGUGGCUACUGGCCCGGCGCUGGCCCAAGUCCAUCUGGCGAUAUAUCUGCACGCCUGUCAUCUACGGUGGUACGGGACUGCUGCCGCCGGCAACCGUGUACAUCUUUCUCUGCUGGGGCGUCGUCGGCAUUACCUUCAACUACUUCAUCAAGCGUCGCUACACUGGCUGGUGGUUGCAGUACAAUUACAUCGUGUCGGCCGCUUUGGACUGUGGCCUCAUUCUCUCGUCGCUUCUCAUUUUCUUCACGUUGUAUCUGACAAGCCAGAAGAAGCCACAGUGGUGGGGCAAUGUCGGUGCUUUCCAAACGUUGGAUUUCGAGGGCAAGGCCAUUACCAGGCAUCUCAUGCCAGGCGAGACAUUUGGACCCUCGGUAUACCCUUGAGAAGGCCGAUGGGAGAAGGCCGGUAGGCUUUACAGCCCACAAUUGUCAUGCGAGCGAGCUUAUGGUGACUUACUAUUGAAUGCAUUCACCAAACGACUUUUUAUGGACGGAGUCAAGGAGAACUGGGAUACGUUGGAUAUUUGUUUGAGGCUGCGGGACAUGAGCUUGGGCGUAAAAGAUACCUCUCUAAUUGAUGAUUCACGUCAAUUCAACUGUAUCUGACAUGGUGUGGCGUGCGGUUUCG